GGCUGCAUUUGGACGAUGUCUCCAAAUAAGUCCGUAUGUGCGAAGGUGAUCGACGGGCGGUCCGGUGCGCCGGCGGCGUCCCUGCACGGUCGCUGGCCGCCGCCUCGCGUCGCACCGACUCCUGCACCGUGCGACUACGAGCCGAUCAAAGCCGUCCGGGCCGUCUACGACCACGCUCCGGCUUUCUCCAUUGGCCAACGAGUGAAUCCCCCUCAGCCCGGCGGCAAAACGCCAGCGCCGAACACGUAUUCUAUGCCCCCUGUGCUUGGUGAAGCAAAGGAGGGUGGUAAACGCGCAGCACCAGCUUUCAGCAUCACAGGCCGUGGUAAAACCUUGGAGUCGAAGAUCCCGUUGCCGGGACCUGGCACCUAUACCACGGACAAAGCAUCUGCAGUGCUCACAAAGCGCCCCCCUGCUUAUACUAUUGCACCAAGACGGGAGUCCAAGCCACCCACGGCCAUUGUACCCGGACCCGAUGUCUAUUGCCCUGAAAAGGGUCACAAGACUGUGCGCGACAAAAUCACAAGAAACACCAUUUCAAGAAAAAUGAAGUUCGAAAGGACAGAACAAGUUCCUGCACCUAACGCUUAUUGCCCUGAAAAGGCUGAUAGAGUAUUAAGAGAAAAAUCACCAGCAUUCUCAUUUGGAACUAAAACAGACAUUAUUAAAAUUCAAAAUGCACCUGCCCCUAACGUUUAUUCACCGGAAAAAUCUCUCCAUUCAUUGAAGAACGGACCUAAAUAUACCUUAGCUGGUAAAGGUAUAGCUGAAAAGCAUGAAGUGACGCCAGGUCCUAAUUACUACACUCCUCAGAAAGCUGAUAAAAUACUACAUGGAAGUUCUCCAGCAUACACAAUGCGCUCAAAGGAAGUAGUUGAAAAGUUUGAACAAACACCAGCACCGAACGUUUACGCACCAGAAAAAUCUAUACAUAUGCUUAAUGGUGGCCCUAAAUACACUAUUUCGGGCAAAGGAGUAUGUUCGAAAUUAGAACAAACUCCAGCACCUAAUAGCUAUUGCCCCGAGAAAGCUGACAAAGUUCUACACGAAAGUUCACCAGCUUAUUCAUUCAGAAUUAAAGAUCAAACUGUUGUAAGGAGCGAUUCUCCAGCCCCUAAUGUUUACGCACCAGAAAAGUCUAUUCAUAUGUUGGACGGUACUCCUAAAUUCACUAUGAGUGGCAAAGGUCACAAUGAAAAAAUUGAGAAUACUCCAGCUCCUAAUGCUUAUUGUCCUGAUAAAGCAGAUAAAAUAUUACACGAGUCGUCGCCGGCGUACACGUUUAGAGUAAAAGAUCAAAUACACAAAUCUGAUAACACACCAGCACCGAAUGUCUAUGCCCCAGAGAAUUCCGUAAAAAUGCUUCACAGUGCACCUAAAUUUAGUAUAGCUGGAAAGGGUCAUACUCCAAAAACCGACUACGUCCCAGCCCCAAAUGCUUACAACCCUGAUAAAUCUGAUAAACUUCUCCACGAAUCAUCACCUGCAUAUACUUUCAGACCAAAGGUUGCUUUGGAUAAGCCCAGUGACACACCAGCGCCAAACAAUUAUGAUCCACAUUUGUUGGAUGGAACACCUAAAUUUAGUUUAUAUGGAAAAGGCCACGAUCCUAAAAUUUCUAAUACACCGGGGCCAAACGCCUAUGAUCCUCACCUAUUAGAUGGGACACCUAAAUUUACUAUUUCAGGAAGGCCUCACACGGGUAAGCCAUCAGAUGUACCGGCACCCAAUGCUUAUGAUCCUCAUUUACUCGAUGGUACCCCCAAAUUCUCAUUGGCUGGCAAAGGUCACGAUGGAAAGCCCUCUGAUACACCAGGGCCGAAUUACUAUGAUCCCCAUUUACCUACUAAUUCCCCAAAAUACACAAUUUCUGGUAAAGGACCUGACGGAAAACCUUCUGACACUCCAGGUCCUAAUGUUUACGAUCCACAUCUGCCUUCCAAUACACCUAAAUAUACCAUAUCUGGGAAAGGACCAGAUUCUAAAGUUUCUGACAAUCCUGCACCUAACAAGUACGAUCCUCAUAUUUUGAGUAACACUCCAAAAUUCACCAUAGCUGGCAAGGGGCAACCAGGCAAAAUUGAAAAUUAUCCAGCUCCAAAUGCGUAUAAUCCAGAUAAAGGUGACAAAUUAUUAUUGGAGAGUUCUCCUGCAUAUUCAUUUAGAACAAAACACCCAUUACAUAAACCAGAAGAUACACCUGGUCCUAAUGCAUACGAUCCCAGUAAGUAUGACUACAUGCUAGAUGGCGCUCCUAAAUACACUUUUGGCUCUAAGGGUCCAGCCGACAAACCAUCGAACAAUCCAGCUCCUAACGCUUACAGCCCAGAUAAAGCUGACGGGGUAACACAUGAACAUGCUCCGUGUUAUACAUUCCGGCCAAAGAUUGCUAAUGAUAAAAUACCUAAUACACCUGGCCCGAAUGCUUACAAUCCAGAAAAAGCUGAUGUUGUUACACAUGGUCACUCUCCAGCGUACUCAUUGGCCCCUAGAGGAAAGGAUGCAAAAAUCAACGACACUCCCGCACCCAACGUAUACAGUCCUGAAAAAGCUGAUAGGAUUUUGUUGGACAGUGCACCACGAUACUCGUUCAGAAUAAAGACCAACCCUCAUAAGCCUGAUGUUGUUCCUGCACCAAACAGUUACAAUCCCGAUAAAGCAGACAAAGUGUUACUGCAUUCUGCUCCGCAAUACACGUUCAGAGUAAAGACUGACACCGUAAAACCAGUUGAUACUCCAGCUCCGAAUUCCUACAAUAUUCCAACGCCUGUCGAAACCCCGUUGUAUACGAUUUCGGGUAGACAUAAGGAACCAACAGAUGAGCGGCUGAAGGUUCCAGCUCCGGGAACUUACAACCCAGAAAAGGGUUACAAGUUCGUUUUGACUUAUUCUCCACAGCACACUUUUGGUAUUAAAAUACAAACAAAUAAAUUCGCUGAUACCCCUGCUCCGAAUUCAUACCGCAUCCCGUCUGUGUUGGACACUCCGGUGUACACGAUAUCGGGACGUCAUAAGGUGCCUGUGGACGACCGCACGCGAGUUCCCGCGCCUGGCACCUACUCCCCCGAAAAGGUGCAGAUCAACAAGACGCCACAAAUAACCUUCGGCAUCAAACACUCGCCUUUGUUAGGACAACUGAGACCUUUAGAACCUCGUCCUACUGAGAGAACCACGCCGUCCAACAAUACUACUAAAGUCACACAAGUUCAGAGGACCGUGACAAAACAGGUCCCCAACCAAAUUGAGAACAACAGGAGAGUUGAUCACGAAAACGUUGUUGAUAUCAAUGAGACCAAUCAAAUCUAUGACUCGCGUGCUCAUGUGACGCAAGUAAGACACGACAGUGAGAUAAGAAGUACAACAGUUUCCCCCGAACCUGUUCAGCAUCAAGAAACUCUUACUCAGGAAAUUGUAUGGAUUCCUGAGAAACCCGUCCGUCGCGGUUCCUACACGAUUGAAAAGACCGACGGCAAUGGAUUUUACGAGAACUACCAGAACAGUGACGUCAUUCCAGUUGAGAACGGAGUUAUUAGAACAGCUGAACAAGGAGAAAGAGGUGCCAGGUGCUCCGAGGAGAGGAGUAACGAAGUGAUUAGGAGGGAUGGUUACGAACAAAAUAUUGAAAAGAACGUGAGGAAUGCUACUGCGCACGAGAAGAAACAGGCAGCUACUGAAGAAGUACGUUCAAACACCGAUGUCCAGAAACUUGCCAAUGGUGGUAUUUCUAAGACGACGACCACAACUACUAUUAGGAAGGUGGGAACUGCAGCCAGAACUGCUAAUGAGACCACUGCAGUGACCCGUACAGCUACUGUCGUUACGUCACGUGAUAUUGGCGUCAAGUAAACCAAGUCAAACCAAGGAGUAUGGCGCCUAUUUUAGCUGUAGUGUUGAUCCUACUUAUUAAUAAUUUACAAUAUUUUCGUAACGAUUAACAAUUAAGUCGCAUUGAUCUUUUCAUGAU